UAGUGGACGACUUCUGACUUCUGUUUUUUCGAAGUCAACAGCCCACAAAUUAGUUUUAGAUCAACUUGCUGACACAAUAAUACUUUAUUAAGAUGUAGUUCCUUAAUUUCCUGAGGAACUAGUGUGUGUUGAAGACUAAAAAUUUUUAAGUUCUAAAGAAGCAUCCAUGGAUCCCCGAUUCGAUCAAGCUUUACUACAACCCCAGGAGGAAGGAGAAGAAAAACAACAACUCGAGCUUCGUAAUGAAAGGCACAGAUUGAAGUUUCCGAAUGUCAAGCAGCUGAAGUCCUUUGAGAUUCUGAACUCUGCUGUCAAAAACUUUACAAGUAACACUAAAUUUUUGUCCUUCGUGAUUCUAUCUAUUUUACCUUUCUUUGCUUUCAUAGUUUUCUAUGAGAUUCAGAUUUCUGAAGCAACUGAUGCUAUAUUAAGAUUCCUAGUACCAACUUCCAUGUCCUAUGAUAUCGGCUUUGAUAGUGAUGAAAACAUUAGCCUUUUCAGCACCACUGAUAAAAAUGAUUCAAAAAGGGAAACAUUUCGUAUUGUUUUCGAGCUCGUACCCUUAUAUUUGAUUCUUCUUCCUCUGCUUGAGCUCUUUAGCUUGACCAUAGUCAUAAAUAUUUCUGCAAAAGUUGUAGAUGCAGGAAAUAUGAAAUCAACUAAUUUGAAGGAAACUUUAUACCAGAAAAACAACUUCAAAGGUCCUUUUAUUACCUCUCUUUGGGUUCAGUUAUUUUCAGCUUCUAAUCUUUUUGGUCUAAUUUGGGCAGUAGCAAAUCACUCUAUGAUUACAGCUAGAUUCGACUAUUCCUUUUGGAAUUACAGAUAUGAAUCUGUCUUACCGAAUAAUGUUUAUGUAAACAUACUGUCAAUAUUGUUUCAUACACUUAUUUCUUUGGCUCUGCUGUACAAGUAUCUUGAUUGGAGUGCUUUGUGGAACAUGGCCAUAGUGAUAUCUGUGUUAGAGGGAGAAACCGGGCUCGAUGCACUAGAGAUAUCAGCUUACUAUCGAAAGCACUGCAAGCGAACCGGGUUCCAGUUAAUGCUUAUAUUCUUUGUAUAUAUUGUUGCUCUGAGGCUGCCCAUUCUGCUUGCCAGAAUGUGUAGCUUUGUGACUGUUAGAGUUGCAGUGACUGCAAUUGUUGUUGUAUUGGUUUGCUUGGGUAGUUUGGUGAAGUGGGUUACUAUGGUAUUGUAUUUCUAUGAUUGUAAGGCGCAAGCGAUGUUGAAGAAGUUUGAUGAUGAGGAUGUAGGCCAAGCUGUGAAAGAUGGUGAUGUUUGUACUGUUUGAAACAAGUAAUUUUCAAAGAAACAGUUUGAUGUUCUAGAUUAAUUACCCUAAAGUGUAUCUUUGGCACUUCAUUGCUUUAAGUUAAGAUAUAAGGAUAAUUAACAUGUAAUUUGCGUAGCAAUUGGACAAUUGGAGGUCUAUAAUUUGUUCUGAAUUUUAGAACCAAUAUAAUGAUUAUAGUUAUAUUAACAAAACAAGCAACUCUCUCUGUCCUUUUUUUUUUUUUUUGUCCCAUUUAACUUUUUACGGUCUCUAGCACAUGUUUUAAAACACAUAUAACUUCAUUUUUGUUUGUCAUCUAUUUUUUUUUCAAGGGUUUACAACUUCUCCAUGUGAGAAUGGGUUUAGCUACCUGCCAUCCAUAUGUAUAAAGGAAGUUGGAAUAUCAACAGUGGUACUAGAACUACUUUCGCCUAGUGGUCAACUUAUCAAAUGCGAAGAUCAUAAACUUAAUUGUCUGGAAAGUUGGAAGUGUUUGGCUUUGCAGUUUGCACUAUUGCUUUUGGUUGAAGGAAGCUGAGAUACAUGCCUUGAAUCUUCAGUCUUUUGAAUUAACAAGUAUGAACGGAAUGGAAAAUGUGGUAUAUGCUAGCGUUCCAUCACUUGUUGAAAGCAUUUUUCUUGAUGCGCUUUCAUGGGGAUAUAUAGCUUGAAUACAAAAACGAUGCAAAUCAAAUGCUUCCCUGCACAACUGUCUAAGCUUUCCCUUGAGAUGAACAUAGUUUGUACAUAGUCUGCAACAUCCAACAUUAUCAUACUGUUUGGUUAAUACUAAUUUGAAUUAUCUAUCCUUCCUUCCAUUCCUAAUGUCAGAUACUUGGACUUGCGAAUCUUGUUUGAGAAGCAUGGAAAUCCUCUCCAGAUGAUGUGCAUUGCACGCAGAGGCUGUCCUUCAUUGGAAGAAUUUAAGCUACAGGUAACAUGGAAGUGUCGUAACUGUAAAGUUUCUGAUUCAGAGGACGAGUCUGAUUCUGAUUCAGAUGACGAGAUUGAUCCAAGAAUGAGUCUGGUUCAGAGGACGAGUCUAAGGAUUUCGGUAUAGAAGAUGUGAAACAUUGGUUGGAGAUAUCAGAUAUGAGAGAAGGGUAGUAAUGCAGCCCUUCCGUCCUAACUUACGCAAAUUUGAUUAUUUGAAUGGUUUGGAGCAUUUACUAAGCAUGAUAAGUUAGAAUUUCUGUUGGCAUUGUAUAUAUUGUGUUAAGAAAGUCAUAUCCCUUUAGAAAUUCAUUAAUUUGUACUCUUGGUUUAUCAUUUAAGUUAUAUGUGCCUGCUAAGCUAGCUGAAGAUGUUGCUGAAAUUGAAGAAGCUCGUAGAAAUGGUGCUAAGAAACUAGCUUUAUUUAUCCCAUCCCAUGUUGAUUUUGUUAUUUUAUGAUUGUAAACAAUAUUCAAUUCAGACAUUACAGAGUAUAAUUUAGACACUACAAAGUGAUUAUUUGAAAAAAAUUGUUUACUCAAUAGUAUAUUAAUGGUUUAAUCCCACGUUUUUUGUUUUUUAAAUACUUUUCGUUUGCAUUAUAUGCGAUGUCCAAAGUUUUGUUUUUGUCCACCGCAAAAUGUAAUUUAGUUACACUCUCUGCCCCAAUUGAAUCCUUAUUUCAAACAAGAAAUGCUACGUAGAAUGGUUUCAAAAAAAAAAAAAAAA